AUGUUACUCCUCGUACUCAUACUCGCCCUCCUGAUCAUCGCACCUGCUGAAGAAUAUGGACGGUUCGCGCCGUUCCUCGUCUUGAAUUUCGCCGUUCUUCGAGACCCGGAACAUGUGAAGAAGGCCAUGCAAGCAUGUAGGCCAGCCAUCACAAGGAGGAAUAUGCACGAAGUAAUUGUACUCUCUCGCAAAGACCUUGAGAAGAAGUAUGACGACGCCGCUGCCCACUUGCAAGACAUCAGCUUUGAGCGUGGCGUGACAACAUGCAAGUAUAUGGAAGGCAGCUCGCUGGCCACCAUGACCAACCUGUAUACCGAUAUCUUGUCGCGUAACAUGAACGAUAAGAUGUUUCAAAUCAGCAGCUGGACCCAGAUAGAAGACGUCUGGUCGUUCCUCGAGCAAGUCCUUACAAGGUGCUCUGUGGAAUUGCUCUUUGGCUCCGCCAUCCUCAAGCAGUAUCCUGGCCUCAUAAAAGACUACUGGAAGUUCGAAGAAGCUAUCCAAGGCUUCCUAUCAACAGAUGAUUUGUUCAGGACCCCACCUUACAAAGAGUCGCUCGACCGGCUAUGGCAGGGCGUCGAAAAGUGGCUGAAAGUCAAUCACAGUGGCACCGAGUUCGCGAAGACUGGACCUAACGACGCAGAUCUGGAUGAGCAUAGGGGUUCGAAGUUCAUUCAAGAACUUGAUGAUAUGAUUGCGAGCAGCCAGCUACCUUCUGAGGCAAGAACCGCGGAGAUGUUAGACGUAUUGCACUACUCGAAUGUGGAACUGGUCCCUUGCGCCAUUUGGACCACGAUCGAAUCGCUACGCAAACCAUACCUAGCCGAACAAAUCACUGCGAUGGCCUCCGCAGGCAAGCCGACAAAAGCUGCCGCGUAUGAUGUGAAUAGGAUUCUAGCUAGGCCCCUCUUCCAGUCUCUGCAGGCAGAAGUUAGCCGUCUCCGCGUGGCAAAGUAUAGGAUAUCUAUCCCAAGGGCUGAUGUUGCCCUUGACAGCGAGUGGAUACUGCCCAAAGAUUGCAAUGGAAUUUCGUUUUCGCGAGAUUUCGCACUGAACACGAAAGUGUGGGCAAAGGUGCGGCCACGCACCGUCGAAAAACCACUGGAGGAAUUCUGGGCUGAGCGCUUCUUGAUCCCUGAGAAAGACACUUCACGGGCACAGGGUCAGCGAAAGAGCCGCGGUAGUAUGAAUGAGGCGAGAUUCGACGCGCAAGAUCUCGAGCUGCUGCUCCCUGCAAUCGGUGACAAGAUGGCGUUCGACCUCGCUAGCCAUUAUUCCAGAGCCAUGCAAGCAGCGACUAUAGCUGUUCUAUUCAACGAGUUCGAGAUACAGCUAUGCGAUCCGGAUUUGAUCGAUGCAGCGAUGCCUGAGUUGCGGGAGUCGGCUUUUGGACUGGUGCGGCCGAAGGAGAAAAUAGCCGUGCGCAUACGCAAACGCAAAGCUAGCAAGGAGCAGUGA